CUCGUCAUUUUCAUCUCGUCCAACCCUCAAUUGCUGCAGCGGCUCAUCGCCACAUCGCUUUCAUCGACGCCAUCAUUCAUCACUACUCUCUCCCUUCAUCGCCUUAAGAGCUUAGUCGCAACGUCACCCAGCAUGGCCGCUCGCAGCGCCCACUUCUCUGAUUGGACUGCACCGGUCGUACCGGACUCAGCACUCUCCUACCGCGGCAUUCUCACGCCCAGUGACAUCCAGCUGCUCCACUCGAGCUUCGACUCUGUCGUCCUCGUCCCGGGCCUGACUGGCCCCUUUGGCCGCAAGACGGAUCGCAGCGGGACUGUGAGAAUUCCAGGCUCGAUGAAUUCUCUGCGAGAGGCCACAAAGCGCCUCUCUGGCUGGCAGGAGAAGAAUGGCGAGGGUGAUCGUUUGCAAUGGUGGCUAGAACAGCUGCGUCAUAAGGGUCAAGGAGCCAUGACGGUCUGCGACGUCCUCAACGGUAUAUCCCUGGAUACAUGGCAGAGCUACCAGCAACUUUACCAAAAGUGUGUCAAUGCGACAGCUCAGCAGCGCUACCGCCAGCGUAAACGCCGUGCAGCAUUGGCCCGUGAGGAGGCGGAGCAUGGUCAUGACGGACCUGCAGCAGAUGCUGAGACGACGGCCACAGCGCAGAGUCGAGGCCAAGAGAAUGAACCGGCCUUUUCAGCGUCGAAUGCGAGCGAUACAGCGGUCAAGCAUCUGACAGGCAGGAGGAAGAGGCGCAGGGAGUGCGCUUAGGCCACCAGCAUCGCAUUCGCUCGCUGUCUUCCACUCGAUGAGGCAUUGCCUCAUUGUGAGAACGACUCUUCACUCUCGUGCUCACUCAUCAAUAGGCACAUGCAUCGCUGCGUCGUGUACCCCCUUAUCUCCGCUGUAAAUGAGAUUUCCUUUCCCC